CCGGGCCGGGCACCGGGCGGGGCCUGCGCCGCAGCGGGACCAGUCGGCAGCUCCUGCAUCCCGGGCUGCGAGCAUCCUCCGGGCGGGGGCCGGUACCGCGGCGUCUCCGUACCGGGCUCCGCAUCCCGGCUGCCCCGGCCUCAGCUGUGGGCCAUGGCGGAGAUAACCAGCGUCCACCCCGGCUUCGAUGUCUCUCCAGUUGUGGCAGGCCUCAUUGGUGCUACUGUCCUUGUGGUUUCCGUCUCGGUCACAGUCUUUGUGUGGACAUGCUGUCACCAGCAGGCAGAGAAGAAGCACAAAACCCCUCCCUACAAAUUCAUCCACAUGUUAAAGGGCAUCAGCAUCUACCCCGAGACCCUGAGCAACAAGAAGAAGAUCCACCGCAUCCGGAGAGACAAGAACGGCACCGCCAAGGAGCCCGGGAGGGGAAACCUCCUGGUGGAUGCUGCAGAAUCUGGCUUGAUAGGCUCUGAUAAGGCUCCAGAUGGGCCAAACGCAGCCCCCCACGUCGACCAGCUCCCAAUAAAGGUAGAUUAUGGAGAUGAACUAAGUCCAGAUCAAAGCCUGACUCCAGGAGGAAGCAAAACCUCCUCCCCGUCUUCGCCGGGGGACGACGUGCUGCUGGGCGAACUGACUUUCUCAGUGGACUACAACUUCCCUAAGAAAGCUCUGGUGGUUACUAUCCAGGAGGCUCAUGGGCUGCCAGUGAUGGAUGAGCACACCCAGAGCUCUGACCCUUACAUCAAGAUGACAAUCCUGCCAGACAAGAGGCACCGGGUGAAGACUCGCGUCCUGCGCAAGACGCUGGAGCCUGUCUUCGACGAGACCUUCACCUUCUAUGGCAUCCCUUACAGCCAGCUCCAGGACCUGGUGCUCCACUUCCUCGUGCUCAGCUUUGAUCGCUUCUCUCGAGAUGAUGUGAUUGGAGAGGUCAUGGUGCCCCUUGCUGGGGUGGAUCCAAGCACUGGAAAGGUUCAGCUGACCAGGGAGAUCCUCAAGAGGAACAUACAGAAGUGCAUCAGCAGAGGGGAGCUGCAGGUCUCCUUGUCCUACCAGCCCGUGGCACAGAGAAUGACUGUGGUGGUGCUGAAAGCCAGGCACCUGCCCAAGAUGGACAUCACUGGCCUCUCAGGUAAUCCCUACGUCAAGGUGAACGUUUACUACGGGAGGAAGCGAAUCGCCAAGAAGAAGACUCACGUGAAGAAGUGCACUUUGAACCCUGUCUUCAACGAGUCCUUCAUUUACGACAUCCCUGCCGACCUCCUGCCGGACAUCAGCAUCGAAUUCUUGGUGAUCGACUUCGACCGCACCACCAAGAACGAAGUGGUGGGAAGGCUGAUCCUGGGGGCUCACAGCGUCACGGCUGGGGGCGUGGAGCACUGGAGGGAGGUUUGUGACAACCCUAGGAAGCCAGUGGCCAAAUGGCACAGCCUGAGCGAGUACUAGCAAGGGGUGUGGCAGCCAACAACCCGGCUCGUAGGACAGACUUAACCCUUGUUUUAGCUGUAGAACUAAACCUUUCGUAACGAAGCAGCAGCAGCAGCAGCAGCAAGCAGCUGAUUUGGUUCUUAGUGAUGUGAUUUCCUUUGGGUUGUUUUCUCUUUUUUGUUUUUGCAGGGGCACUAAAAAUUCUAAAGAGAGCAUUAAAUAAAUCUUUAAAAAAAAAACACCAAAAAAAAGAGAAAAAAAGAGAAACCACAAAAAAAAAAGAUCCCACAACUCUGUGUAAGAUGUAACCAAACCUAUUGCAUGCCUACUCCAGACUGAACUUAGUGUAACUGCCACUACCGAGCCGCAGUUUCUCUCUGUCACUAUGGAAGUUGUGUUUGUGCUGAGCUGUCGUUGCUGGUAUUCACCAAAACUGGCCUCUCUUUAUUAGGCUUCUCCCAAAGGUUUCUGAAUUCUGCUGUUUAAACCUUGCCCUUUCUUUUUUUUGGGGGGGAUUUGUUGUUUGAGUUGGUUGGGUUGUUUUUUUUUGGGGGGUGGUUUCUUUUGUUUCGCCUCAUUUGAGGUUUCCACUUCUGUUCUCUGCUGGUUUGGGAGCUUUGGAUGUGGGAGAGGUGGUUUAGGGUUCUGCACUGGCACAAUAAAAGGGGAAGGGGGGGAAAAAAAAACCCCAACCCAACCUAAACCAGGGGGGCAGUGGCAACUUGCUUCAGAGAAGAGAAUUCUCUUGUCAGGGACUGAAAUCUUUGCUGUUGCAGUGAGCUUGUGGAGCUCUAAGGUCACAACCUCCCAAGAUUUGCAUCUGAAAUGGAAGCAGUGAGGAGCAGGAUCCUUUUGUCACAUGGAAGUUAUCACAGACUGCUAGGACUGGGGGAAACUCCACUCCAGUUCGUUCAGUUCAUUUCCUCUUCUCUGUGCAUCAAGGGCCCAAGACAGAAUCAUAGAAUCAAACAGGUUGGAAGAGAAACCAGGUUCAAAUCAAACAGGUUGGAAGAGAAAACAGGUUCAAAUCAACCAGGUUCCAAUCAACCAGGCUGGAAGAGAAAUCAGGUUCCAAUGAACCAUGUUGGAAGAGAAAUCAAGUUCCAAUGAACCAGGUUGGAAGAGAAAACAGGUUCCAAUCAGUCAGGUUGGAAAAGAAACCAGGUUCAAAUCACCCAGGUUCCAAUGAACCAGGCUGGAAAACAGGUUCAAACAGGUUGGAAGAGAAACCAGGUUUCAGUAAAUCAGGUUGGAAGAGAAAUCAGGUUCCAAUCAGUCAGGCUGGAAGAGAAAUCAGGUUCCAAUGAACCAGGUUGGAAGAGGAAACAGGUUCCAAUCAACCAGGUUGGAAGAGAAAUCAGGUUCCAAUCAACCAGGUUGGAAGGGAUCUCAAGAGAAAACCAAACAAUAAAGUGGCCCUUGCUCAGUAGGGAAACUCUUUGCUGAUUCCUUUAACAUUAAAGGUGAAAUUGUAGAUGUCUGAGCUGGCCCUAACAGGAUCACUGCUCUGGGAUAGGAAAAAAAGUCUUAGGGAGAGAGGUUUGAAGUGAGAAAAUGACAAAGCUUCCCUUCAGUCAGCUUUCAGUCAGCUUAUUUACAUCAUAGGUAAUCCACAAAGGAGUAAAUCCAGGGCAAGGCCUGGCCCUGGGAAAUGUGUCAGGCUCCUCAGAGUUAGUUGUUAGGUUGUGAGUGACCUCUGAGCCAGGCUCACUUUGAACUGUCCAAGUGCUACUCCACAAGGUGACCUCUUAGCCCCUCAGGAUGUUAACCCUGCAGAGCUUUGAACAGAAGUUCACAGUUCCACAGAGCCAAGUUUGGAAGGAGCUGCACCAAGGCUUGUGGUCCAGCCCAGGAGCCCCUAAACAGAGCUUCCUAGCAGGCAGCAGCAUCCUGGCAGGUAACUCAAUUUGGCUUCUUAUUACAUUCAGGCUAGGAAAGGGUAGAAGGAUAAUAAUGAACAGCAGAGAAUUGCUUGUGAGCAUUGUUGGUAACUGAGCAGAAAUACAACAGGCUGCAGAAAUUCAAUUUGCUGAACCCUGCACUGAAAGGAUGAAGCAGAAGAGAGCUUGCAGAGAGGCAUGCAGGAGAGCACAGCCUUUCACUGAGCUGCUUGCAGGCAGCCAGGGCUGCUCUCUCACCUGGGGAAUGGAAACAGUUUGUUAAGAGCAUUUCACUGCUGCAAGAUUUGACUACUGAAUUUUGACACCCCCCCCCUUGGAAGGAAAAAAAGCCCAAAUAGCCCUUCCCAGCUCCCUGCUAAUGAAAGCAGAAUAAGGGAGCAAGUCUCAGUGGGUUCCCUCCCCAGCCACUGUGUAAAGCCACAGCUGCUGGUGUGAACAGGCAGCACUUUGUUAGUUGGCAGUGCUUUGGCAUCUCUUCCCAAGAACUCCUGAAAGCCAAAUUCCCUCCCUCCUAGCCAGUCAGUGAUUGGAACUCCCUUCCAGGCAGGGUCUUUGUAGCAGCAGAAGUCAGGGUGAAGCUGAAGCUCCCUGGUCCUCAGCCUUGUAUGGCAGACUAAGGCACCGACAUGGCUCCUGCUGUGUCGAUCCCGAGGAGGAGGAUUUCUGCCUGAGGCUGGAGCAGAUUUUAUCUGUCUCUUAAAUGCUUUCUAGCUCAUGUUCUAGUAGUGGCUCACAGCCACCAGCCAGAGCAUGAAUGCCCCUUGGAAACUGGUGCAGCUCUGUUUCAACCCUAGGUUUGUUUUGCACUAAGCAGUUGUGUCGCUGAAGGUCAGCAACCCUCACACAGCUUUUCCUCAGAACAGGCUUUCCCAGCACCAUUCCAAGCAUCCAAACAGGACUUUGCUAACAACAAAACCAAGCUUCCCUCUUUCCCCCCCCCUCUCCCCCAUCUCCUUGGGUGUGGAAAACUUGCUUGAGCCUAGGUAGACCUCCUGAAGAUUUCUUUAGUUGCAAAGGAAAGCUGAAAUUCUCGUCAAGGAAACAUGCUCAGGGUAAAUAGGCUUAAAGGCUGUUGGGCAGGUUAGGAGGAGCUCCUCCACUCUUCUGGAGCCCUAGGAAAAGUGAAAAGAGAAAUAAUAAAGUGCAGAUAUAUAUAUUUUUUAAGUGUCCAAUAGACAGUACAAAGUGACAGCAGACUCACCUUUAAAAACCUCCCAGGUGUGGUUUAUUCUUUACCUUGUGUCUUCUAUCGUAACAUUAACCUUGGACAGUUACAACUUUGUGUAAAAAUAUAGAAAAGGAAAUAAAAAAUGAAGAAAAAUCCAAGAGGAAAAAAAAAAAACAUCAAACCAAGCAACCAACCAACCCUGACUCAACCUGUUGGAAGUGCAUAAUGCUGUAAGCUAACCUCCAUGGUGUAAUGCUACCUUGUAUGUUGAAUUUGUUAAUGCACAGCGAGCGUGCAAAUAAAAGUUAAAUCACUUUA